AGACCUGGCUAAGGAGGAGGCGCCAGCAUGGGAGUUGACAUCCGCCACAACAAGGACCAAAACGUUCGACGCAAGGAGCCCAAGAGCCAGGACACCUACUUAAAGCUGUUGGUCAAGCUGUACAGGUUUCUGGCCAAACGAACCAACUUGAGCUUCAAUCAAGUUGUACUGAAGAGGUUGUUCAUGAGCCACACCAACCGGCCACCUCUGUCCCCUUCCCAGAUGAUUCGGAAGAGGAAGCUUCCUGGCCGGGAAGGCAAAACAGCUGUGGUGGUGGGGACUAUAACCGAUGAUGUGUGUGUCCAGGAGGUGCCCAAACCGAAGGUGUGUUCUCUUCGAGUGAGCAGCUGCGCCCAGAGCCUCAUCCUCAAGGCCGGGGGCAAGAUCCUCACCUUCGACCAGCUGGCCCUGCACUCCCCCAAGGGAUGGGGCACUGUCCUCCUCUCUGGUCCUAGCAAGGGCCGAGAGGUGUACAGGCAUUUCGGCAAGGCCCCAGGAACCCCGCAUAGCCACACCAAACCCUACAUACGCUCCAAGGGCUGGAAGUUCGAGCGCGCCAGAGGCCGACGGGCCAGCCGUGGCUACCAAGAACUAACCCCAGAUCCUACCUUGUUAUUAAAAAGAUGUUGGAUGCUUUAA